UGGAUUUGUUGUCCGUUUUAUUAAUUCAAAUAUUGAUAUGCUGAAAUUGAUGAAUGAAUUUGCAGCUCCUCCUCAAUUUUAUUCGUCUGACAAUACAAGUGUACCUGAAAAAGUUCAAGCACUCCAAGUUCAAUUGGUUGAGAAUAAAUGGGUUCUGAUUUGGGAAUUUGACAAUUUGCAAAUUGACGCUGCUUCGUAUAAAGAAUUAUUUUAUAUUGUUGGAAAUUAUCUUUCUGAACUUCGUAAAAUAGUGAAAAACUUUGAGAAUCAGCUGUUAGUGACGGUUUCGAAAAAUAAGGCUACAAAAGAAUUUCUUGAUAAGAUUGGAUUCUUUACUUUGCAUAUCAGUUCCGACAAUGAUAUUUCACAAUUAUUUGACAAACUUAAAACUACGUUUUCUCAACCGAGUUCAGAUUUUCCGGGGUCGACAGAUAAAAAAUUAUGUAAAUAUUGUAAUGAGGAGAUUGAUCAAGAAUCUUUUGUUAUACAUGUGGUACGAUGUAAAAUUUUGAAGAAGAAAAAAGCUGAUGAAGCUGUUACUUGUUCUGCUAAGAAACCAAAACUGAAUUAA